CGAACUCGCUGACUUUCCUCCUCUGGUCUCCGCCUCUCAUUCGGCAAUGAUCCGAGAAACGGCUUCAAAAUAGGCACGAAUAUUGAUUGGGGAUCACUGCUAAUGAGAACAACUCACAUUGCUAACAAUACUUCGCCGUCCAUGCUGAGAUAAGGUAAAUUGUGUGAGCUCCAAAUAGCUAUCAAUUAUCGUAUUUUGAUUUCAAAGACCUACCCACAACAAGAUAUCAUGGACAAUCCCUUGGCGGUGACAUCACAGCCCUAUCUCACAGUUAGGCUACCUAAUUGAAGCUCUAGCGGGAUAGCCUAGCACCGAUUCCCGACAAGCAAAGAGAGCCGCGGGUCACGUGCCCUGGCCUCAUCUGCUGGCAGCUGUGACAAGGCUUGGCACCAGGCGGUGGCAGCUCGGUGCCCAGGCGCGCAUUGCGUCGACCUGAGCUGCCUUCGAUGGCUGAUUUCGCCAGUGGAGGCGGCCUGGGGCAACAGCUUCAACAUUGAAUUCCAACCGACGACACACGAGCCACGACGAGCUAUCUUAUUUCUCACGCUCUACCCAAAUUGUUCCAGUCCAUCUUACAGGUCCAUUUCUUCUUUCAACAAUCUACCAAUACCCGACAUUUGCCUACCCGCCACAACAACCCAUCGAGUCCCACCUCCCCGCCAACGGUAUCAUAAACCGCUGUCACCAUGGCGCUCGACAACUACUACCACAACAAGAUUGAGUCGAUGCAACUCGAGAUCCUCAAAGGUCAAGCCGUUCUCCGUCGUCUUGAAGCCCAGCGCAAUGACUACAAUUCCCGGGUACGCCUGCUCAGAGAAGAGCUUGGUCUGCUACAACAACCGGGCUCGUAUGUGGGCGAGGUCGUCAAGGUGAUGGGCACCAAGAAGGUUCUGGUCAAGGUGCAUCCCGAGGGCAAAUACGUUGUUGACAUUGCCGACUCGGUCGACAUCACCAAACUCACACCUGGCAAGCGCGUAACCUUGCUGUCCGACUCCUACAAGCUCGAGAAGAUGCUUCCUUCCUCGGUCGAUCCCCUCGUAUCUCUAAUGAUGGUCGAAAAGGUUCCCGAUAGCACCUACGACAUGAUCGGCGGUCUCGACCAACAAAUCAAGGAAAUCAAGGAGGUCAUCGAGCUUGGGCUCAAACAUCCAGAGCUCUUUGAGUCUCUCGGCAUUGCCCAACCAAAGGGUGUCCUCCUCUACGGCCCCCCUGGAACGGGAAAGACUCUUUUGGCUCGCGCGGUGGCCCAUCACACAGACUGCAAGUUUAUCCGUGUCUCCGGCUCUGAACUGGUUCAAAAGUACAUUGGUGAGGGUUCGCGCAUGGUCCGAGAGCUUUUCAUCAUGGCCCGUGAGCACGCUCCCUCCAUCAUCUUUAUGGACGAAAUCGACUCCAUCGGCUCUUCCCGUGUCGAAGGGUCCUCGGGUGGCGACUCGGAAGUCCAGCGCACCAUGUUGGAGCUCCUCAACCAGCUCGACGGUUUCGAGCCAACCAAGAACAUCAAGGUGAUUAUGGCAACGAACCGUCUCGAUAUCCUAGACCCAGCCCUCCUGCGCCCGGGGCGCAUCGACCGAAAGAUCGAGUUCCCGCCCCCGAGCGUGGAAGCCAGAGCCGAUAUUCUGCGAAUCCACAGCCGCAAAAUGAACCUGACACGCGGGAUUAACCUGACCAAGAUUGCCGAGAAGAUGAAUGGCUGUUCGGGGGCCGAGUUGAAGGGCGUGUGUACCGAGGCGGGCAUGUAUGCCCUUCGCGAGAGGCGUGUGCAUGUCACGCAAGAGGACUUUGAGCUGGCGACGGCCAAGAUUCUGAACAAGCACGACGACAAGGAGGUGUCUUUGGCCAAGCUGUGGCGUUAAUUUUCAGUCUGGCGUUGGGGGAAACUGGAAAGAGCAGGCGCGGCUUUGCAAGAUUGCAUCCUGGGUUGUUUAGUGCUGCUACAUGUACAAUUAGAACAAUUCAAGUAUCCAGGUGUCACAUCCACAAGGGCACGAAUUCAUUACUCGUCACAGUCUGUGAUCCAACUAUAGUCGAAGUCUUUUUCGUCUUAUAUUAUUCCUAGUAAGCCGUAGUCUUCCGCCUAGUGUAUUGGUAUUCCACGCC